AUGUCAGGCAAUAAUAAGACGGUUUAUCGUUCCAGCACCACAGCUCCGGUGAAUAUCGCUGUCAUCAAAUACUGGGGGAAGCGAGAUGAGGUCCUUAACUUGCCAACCAAUUCCUCACUGUCUGUGACUCUUUCACAGAGCGACUUGCGUGCACAUACCACAGCUUCAUGUUCCGAUAGUUACCCCCAUGCUGAAGGCGAUACUCUAACGCUCAACUCCCAACCGCAAAACAUCCGUACCUCCAAGAGAACGCUGGCCUGCCUGGCCGAUCUACGAGCCCAUCGCCGAGCCUUGGAAGAUGCAAACCAAUCUCUUCCCAAGCUCUCAACCUUCCCACUCCGCAUCGUAUCCGAAAACAACUUCCCUACCGCGGCCGGGCUGGCAAGUUCCGCCGCUGGCUUCGCAGCUCUUGUUCGUGCCGUUGCAGAUCUCUACGAAUUGCCUCAGUCGCCAAGCGAAUUGAGCCGAAUUGCUCGCCAGGGUUCCGGAUCAGCAUGCCGCUCGCUAAUGGGUGGCUAUGUCGCCUGGAUAUCUGGCUCUGAGGCGGAUGGAAGUGAUAGUUUGGCGCAAGAAGUUGCGCCAGCGAGCCAUUGGCCAGAUAUGCGCGCAUUGAUACUCGUCGUGAGUGAUGCCAAAAAGGAUGUUCCCAGUACCGAGGGAAUGCAGUCUACUUUUAGAACCUCCCCCCUCUUUCCUUCACGGGUUUCCUCUGUUGUACCUGAAAGGAUGACUGGUAUGGAGAACGCGAUUCGCGCCAGAGACUUUACGGCUUUCGCAGAAAUUACGAUGCGUGACAGCAACAAUUUCCAUGCAACUUGUUUGGACACUUGGCCGCCGAUUUUCUACAUGAAUGAUACCUCUCGUGCCGCUAUCAGGGCAGUCCAUGACAUGAAUCGUGCGGCUGGUGAAACAAUCUGCGCCUAUACGUUCGAUGCGGGUCCUAAUGCUGUUAUUUACUAUCUCGAAAAAGAUGCAGACCGGGUACUGGGUACAUUUCGACAGGCCCUGAACCUUGACACCGAAGGUUUCGGCAACAUCAAGCCCUCUCAGGCAUCUCUCCUUGGCGCAAUUGAUCCCAGGGCUGCGACAUCGCUUAAAGACGGAAUCAAUCGCGUGAUCUUAACUGGUGUGGGUGAAGGCCCCAUCAAGGUGAAUCAUCAUCUCGUUAGCGAGUCGGGUGACACCUUGGGUGGCUCCUCCAGUUGA